AUUUUUAAUUAAAUACAUUUUUAACACUGUCUAUCAAAUAAGCUGCUUGAUGAUUUUAUUGAAAGUUCAAAAUACCAAUAAUGUAAUUUGAUCUAGCUUAGGCUGAACUAAUUCAGUUCCGUUUAAAAAGCUUUUACGCACUCUCUUCAACUUUCAAUUAAUCUCGAGUGAUAAUACGAAUUGGAAAGACUGAUUCGUUCCACAGGGACACCAACACAGUCUCAUAGCACACACCCAAACCCUCACACACAUACAUAUGCAUGGCUGGAUGGCAGAGGAGGGUUCGCCAUUGUCCUUUCGCACAGAUACAGUGAAGCAGCGCUUACCUGCCAUUUGCGGCAUUGUGAGUGAUCGAACAAGGGCGGAGCGUAAAUGGCAACAGUUGUUGCUAAAUGGUGACUAAAUGGCCGAACACACUCGCACAAACAACCCUCGAAUUGGCCCUCAGGGGUGUGGAAGUGGCAACCCCCAGAACAGGGUCUCGAGGUAUAUAAGAAGCGGGUGAGGGCGCAGCAGCCAGACAGUCUCGCACAGUCAGCGAUCGUGUUCAGUAGCUCAUAUCGAGAUCAGUUGGAAAACGAAAUACCCUAAGAACCCAAGAUGUCGCGUUCCUUUUUGAUGGAUUCCCUACUCAGCGAUAGGCCCAAUUUGAGCCAGAAGAAGGAGAAACUGGGAUCACCAGGAGGAAGUCCUACAGCCGCUGCUGCAGUGGCCGCAGCUGCCAUGUUACCAUCGAUACCGAUGCUUCCUUACCCGGCCAGCUAUGUGGGCAGCUAUCUCUUCUCCUUGGGCAUCCAGCAGCAGCAGCAGCAACAGCAGCAGCAACAGCACGCAGCAGCUGCAGCAGCGGCCGCAGCAGCAGCAGCUGCCUUGCAGCAGCAUCCACAUGUCAGUUCGAGUCCCGGUUCCCUUUACCAUCCAUACGCCCAGCUGUUCGCCAGCAAGAGGAAGUCCAGUGGAUUCAGCAACUACGAAGGAUGUUAUCCAUCGCCACCGCUCUCGGCCAAUACCAACUCCCAGCAAUUGCCGCCAUUACACAACCUCUACGGAUCUCCAGUUGUGGGCGGACUACCCUUACCCGAACCUGGUAGCUUCUGCACAUCACCGUCCGCUUCAUCGUCCGCCUCUUUGGAUUACACCAAUAACUUUGAUGAACCCCAAGGAAAGCGUUUCAAGCACGAGUCAUCCUGCUCACCGAACAGCUCACCACUGAAGAACCACUCUUCGGGAGUUCCCGCCGAGAUCACGCCGCUGAUCAACGAUUAUGCCGAUUCCAGCAAAAGGAUCCGCACUGCCUUCACCAGCACCCAGUUGCUGGAGCUCGAGCGGGAAUUCUCGCACAACGCCUACCUAUCCCGCCUACGUCGCAUCGAAAUCGCCAAUAGACUGCGCCUCUCCGAGAAGCAGGUGAAGAUCUGGUUCCAGAAUCGCCGAGUCAAGCAGAAGAAGGGCGGCUCCGAAAGCCCCACCUUCAAUCUGUCCACCAACUCCAAUGGAAGUCCCCAAGCAUCUCCAGUGUCUCCUCAAGUCAAAGUCCACGAAUUGAAGGUUGAGGCGUAGAAUCAAUAUAUCAAUCAAUUAUAAGAAUUAUGUAAUUGUACAGUAGAUUUUAGUCUGUUUUCAGCCAUAAGUAUGUUAACGUAAAUAAAUUUUAAUCAAAAAGAAUACCAAUGUUUUUGGGAUACAUAACUAUUAACAGAAAGCAAUUAUUUAUUUAUGCAAAGUUGG